AUGGUCAGGCGCAAAGCCACGCGUCUCGGGUACGACCAGUCGCAAUUCGACGAUAUGUAUGAGCAAACCAGAGAGAACAUAACUUCGACAAUGCCCAUGGCGUCGCAGAAAGCUCAGCAGUACGCCAUAUAUCUCUCAAUGUGGAUUACUCUGCUCGAUCCCCCUGAGGAUCUCAACUACUCAAAUCCUCUGUAUGCCGAUUUUCUCAACGCAAUUCACGAGAUAGAACAUCUGAAACAGAGAAUCAAAGACAAGGAGGAGCUCGUCGGUGUCAAGGACGAGAUCAUCGCCUCAUUGAAGGAUGGUAGCCGGAUCAGCGAUGUUGCUAUGCGCAUCACAGAGAGAUCAAUCGACCAACAGGCAGGUAUCUUAGCACAGCGCGAGGCUUCAGAUGCUUUAGAAAGGAUCGAAGAGCUAGAAGAGGAAGCUGAAGAGAAAGAUGAGCAGAUCGAGAAGCUCACUGAUGGCAUGCAGCAAAAGGAAAGCGAGAUGCAGGCCAUGGCUGCUAAAGUUGAACAUCUGAGAGAUGUGGCGGCUAGAGCUACCAAAGAAACAAUAAGGGUAAAGAGGAGAUCGGCGUCCAAGUACGCUAGGAAGAAGGAAGUUGUCAAAGCAUUGGAAGUCGACAUCAGAGACAAAGAUCAAACGAUAAUUGAUCUAAGCCAAGAGAACGCCAUUACAAAAGCUCGUGCCGAUAGCCUCGCGAGGCAGCUUGAGCGUUUGAGGGAUAAAGCAGAGUAUGAAAAGGGUCCUCUUGCUGGUUCGAUUUCGCAAGCUACUUUUCCUAUCAACUCCUGUACAAAUUGUGGGCAACGGGGCCAUCUUAUAACCGACUGUAAGGAGAGUUGUUUGAAAUGUGGAAGCCACAGUCACUUGGUAAGAGCUGGUUGUAAAGGUGAAUAUCAUGGGAGGAAGCAUAAGAUUCAAGAUGACGGGGAAGAUGUUCUCAUCAGAUCAGUCAGAACCCGCGCGAACGGAGUGAGGAAAGUUCGCUACGGAAAAUGA